CUUGUACAGUAGGUGGCGGUAUGCACCAAAGAGACGUAAUCCGUCAGUAAAUAAAAAGAAGAAGAUUGAAACUGUCGCGUCUGUUUGGGGGGGAAAACCCCUCAAUACUCAAGAGAAUCACUGUGCAAAAUCAAGGUGAUGGAACGUGUCACCGGAGGAGGAGUGCAAUCAGCAUUGCUCCUAGCAAGCGUGGGAGGUUUCCUACUCUAUCGCCUACUUGGCCGACUCAGAGCCAAAGCUGCUCUCCAGGACGCAGUGGUGGUCAUCACGGGUGCCAGCUCCGGAUUGGGCAAAGAAUGUGCCCGCGUGUUCCACGGUGCAGGGGCUCGAUUAGUCCUGUGCGGUCGAGAUGCAGGUCGACUGCAGCAGGUGGUUGAAGAGUUGAUCACAAGCACAAGGGACAAAAAGCAGCAGACGCAUGUUCCCAGCACCGUCAUCUUCGACCUAAGCGACACACAAUUGAUGGACAGGGUGGCAGAGGACAUCUUGAAGUGUUACGGACGAGUGGACGUCCUCAUCAAUAAUGCCGGAAUCAGUUACCGUGGCAACAUCCUGGACACUCAACUAUCGGUUCAGAGGGACGUUAUGGAAACAAAUUACUUCGGGCCAGUCGCUCUUACGCAAGCUCUCCUGCCUUCCAUGGUUCGCCAGCACACUGGUCAUAUUGUUGUCAUAAGCAGCGUUCAGGGCAAGAUCGCUAUUCCUUACAGAUCAGCCUAUGCAGCCUCCAAACACGCCACCCAGGCCUACUUUGAUUGUUUACGGGCGGAGGUAGAGCGUUACGGGAUUUUCGUGACAGUCAUUAGUCCGGGAUACAUCAGGACAAAUCUGUCUGUCAAUGCAGUCACGGGAGACGGAUCCAAAUAUGGCGUUGUGGACACAACCACAGCGACGGGUCGCGAUCCCAAGGAUGUGGCUCAGGCCGUUCUGAAAGCUGUGCGUCACAAGAGCAAAGACGUUGUUUUGGCAGGACCUUUGCCCACGGCGGCGAUCUACCUACGCACACUGUGGCCUGCCCUCUUCUUUAAACUCAUGUCCUCUCGCGCUCGCAAGGAGCACAAACCCAAAAAUACUUGAGCUAACUAAGUCGAUAGUUGCUAUAUUCCAAACACCUUUUUAAAAUAUAAUCUAGCUCACCUCACUGUGCAUGAACACUACAUCCACAUCACUGUGGCAAAAAAAAAAAAAAAACACCAAAAAAAAAAAAAAAACACCAAAAAAAAAAAAAAAAGACACAAAUACAAAAGAAAAAAAAGUUUUAUAGCCAACUUUAUGCACAGAAUAAAAACACCAUUGACCAAUGGAAAUUUUCAACAGAUGGUUCCGUUUUUAGAUAUUGUCUUAAGUUAAAGAGAUCCACUUUCUUUAGAAAUGUUAACAAUAAAUAUUCCGGAUAACAAUUUACAUUAUGUUACAAAAGCGAAGUGAAUAUUGGAAUCACAACUGUACAAACAAAGUUCUU